AAGAAAGUAGGGUAGAAUUCGUCUGAUUCUGUCUGAUUGUUCUGUUGUUGUUUGAAUGAGAAUAACAUUAGCCUGUAACUCAAAGUAACAGUCUCCUUUGUUGAUACACGAAAGCAUAGGCUGCUGUUUAGAAUUUGCUAAAUAAAUUAUAGUGUUAAUAUAUUUCAACUAUCCUAAGUAAGUUAUGCCUACUAGAGCUGAAUUGCCUAGAACUUGUCAGGACAGUAAUAGUUGGACAGAUGCUUUACCAGUUUGCAGACUAUCAGGAAUUGGCUACUCUACUAAUCAGAUAUACCGUGAAGAUGGACACAGGCUAGAAGAGCACCCAUUUGAAGAUACCAGUUUUCAUUGGCAACUAGAUGACAACACCUAUUUAUAUGGCGUAUUUGAUGGUCAUGAGGGCAUUCAGACUGCAUCAUUUGCUUCACAAACAAUGCCAGUUGAAAUAACAUUUGGACAGCUCAGUGACAAGCAAACUGAUGAGGAAAUAAGAGAUGUCUUGAGACAAGCUUUUAUUGCUGUGGAAAAGAGUUAUUUCCUCACUAUUGGUGACAAACUAGCGGAGCGAACGUGUGUGAAGUGCGAGAUACCAGAAGGAUUAACUUCAUAUGAAGCUUAUCAAAAGUAUCCUCACUUAGUAGAUAAGCUGAAGAGGCUGAAUGGAGAGUUAUCAAGUGGGACGACAGCUGUAAUUGCACUAAUUCGCAAUAACCGUUUAUUCGUGGCCAACGUUGGUGACAGUCGAGCACUACUCUGCCGUACAGACGAGAACGGAGUCAUGAAAGUGCUCCAGCUCAGCUCCGACCAUGACCUUAGCAACGAAGAUGAGCUGCUCCGCCUCUACAAUCUUGGCCUAGAAAAACUUACUCAAGGCUCACGGCUGGGGAAUCAGGACAACACAAGAUGUUUGGGCAACUACUUGGUGAAGGGAGAGUACAAGGACUUUGAAGAGUUGGCCUGUGCAACAUCUGAGCCUAUUAUAGCUGAGCCAGAGAUCAGUGGGGGUAUAGAGCUUGAUCAGUCUUGCAGGUUCCUGCUGUUGAUGUCAGAUGGUCUUUACAAAUCUUUAGAGGAAUAUGGAAUUCUAGAAGAUCAAGUCAAUAUAGAAAUUGCACGACUGACCGUCAAUGAGUUCCGGAUGCAGUCGACUCUGACAGGAGUAGCACAGGCUGUGGUAGACCGAGUGGUAAGAAUGCAUCAUGACAUAUACAUGCGAGGCAUCACAGCGAGUCAGCAGGACUGUAACACAGCGGUGCAAAUUGGUAGAGAUGACAUCACGUUGCUGGUCCGCAACUUCAACCAUCCCCUGCCUAACGCUCUGGCCAGCCCCACCAUUAACGUCAGGUUCAACCCUAACCCAAUAAUCAAGACCAUCCCCCCGUGUGAGAGUUCAGCAUCAGAUCCAGAGACUACUCGAAGCACCAGCUCGGGGAUAGACAACACCAACACAACAACUACCUCAGAGGACAACAGCGACAACUCGAAUGUGGAACGUGUUGAGCGCAUACCAGCGUAUGUGGAUUUCACUGAGUUCUUCCAGAAUGUAGAACAGGCAAGAAGAGAAGGAAAUCUUCCACCUGGAAUCGAUUUUGGAUUCUGAACAUUAUUGUUGUUUAUAAAGUUAACAUUUUAACUUUUUAUAAUUGGAUGUAAUUUUGCAUCAAGUCACCUUAAAGUGGUUUUUACAAACCAUGCUCGUGCUCGCAAAGUCCACGAACAUUAUAUGCAAAUGCUGCUGCUCGUGGUGAUGAUUGCAACAACUGAGCUUUCCACACUAAGAGGAGGGUGAGCUUGAGCUAAACUCAACAUCCACAUUGAAUCAAUCCCUCCCACCAUAGCUACAUUAUGUGGAUGUGUGUUGUUGAAAGUUUCAGUUUAACACAAGGCGGCUUCUACAGUGGGAUUGAUUAAAUUGUGUGAAUAAUAUUUUGAUGUGGUGUAAACCAGAAAACUUAGAUGAUAGUGAUAACAUUUUAAGAACUAAGAAAUUUUAAACAAUUUAGUUGCAGUAAAAAUGGUGGAUUUUCAACUGUUCAAAUUUUGAAAUUAUUGAAAACAGAAUAUUAAGUCUCAUCAUUAUGAAUGGCCUCUGCUUUCCUUACAAUUUCUGAUAGUGGUUAUAUGUAUUUUAUAUACAUUAAAAUCAGCAGUCUUCCAACAAGAACAUGCAUGACAAGAGGGCAUUUUUCGAUUUUUGUAAAUGUUGAGUUUAGCACCAGUUCACCUUCCUCUUAGUGCAGCAUCUGGAAUCUGACGCUCUCACAGACUUAACUCCUGGAAUCAGAAGUCAUGUUCAUCUGAAGAGAUCAUAAAAAAGUUUGUGACAAAGCUUUAAACUCUUUACAUAUUUUCAAUAUCAGGAACACCUAGACUACAAAAUAUAGUGUAAUCUAGGUGAAGAGGUAUUCUCAUUGCUCAUCAGUUGCAACAUAAUGGAGCUAAACUCAACAUUCACAUUAAAUACACCCUCCCUAUCAUAUGUUAUAUAAAGGAAAUUUGUGUUUACAUCUUCAGUGUCAUGUAUUGUAGACUUCCAUGCAUGCAUCACAAAGUUGCCAUAGAGGUUUUCACAUUAACCCUCCAAGUGGAAAGAUCAUAAAUAUCCAGCCCAACAUCUCUUUAUUUAAAAAUGCAAUAUAAUGUAUUGAAACAAUGUCAAAAGUAUAAAUGCAUACUAGUAUAUGAUUACUUGUCUAAACUACAGUGUACAAUCUUAAAUGUGCCAUAUAUAAAGGCAUCAUUUGUUCAGUGUUUGUAAAUAUUUUGGUGGCAACUAUACUACUUUUCUGAAACUUUUAUAUAGGUUUUAACUAUAUUUUCUCUAUUGUUAUAUUUUUAUAGUAGAUAAAAAUCAAACCAAAUUUAUAUAGCCAUACUAUAUAAUUAUACACAUAUUUAUAUCUAUUACUUUUUAAAUUUAAUUAUUAUAUUCAUAGUGCAUUCCAAAUACAGUUUGAACCAGACUACCUGGCCCACUGAUUGUAGUGGUAUAUUAAGUGAAGAUAGAAACUCCAUUCAACUGCUCUCUCCUAUUUUGUAGCCAAAAAUUCAAUAAAAUUAUUUUGGAUCCCCCAAAAAUAUCUGUAACGGGUAUUUUUAGGGAGUGUGGGGUUGUUUUAGGAAUUUUUUAAAUGUAAAGGUGGGGCAUGUGGUACCUUAUUUUAAAGGUCUCUUGACACAGAUUAAAAAAAUAUAUAUACUGUACCUACAAUCUCCGUACAAAUAAUAUUCCAAAACAUAAAACCUUUUGAAGUGACUACUUCUUUUGGCAGGCUAUGGAUGUAUGUUUCUCAUGGGAAUAAACUGUCAUUUCGCGUCACUCAUGUUGUUUUCCACAUGCUUUCAAAGUAGAAUGACAGCUUUACUGAUUCGUAAACAAACCGUUAUAUAAACAUCUGAUCUGAACUAACAAAAGUUGACGUUAAUGAAAAAUCUGUUAGGAGAGAUUAGAAGGGAAUAUAAAUCACAAUAACAUACAACACUAUAUAUGAUAAUGAUAAUAAUGAAAUGCCUCUAAUUUAGUAGUGUUUUACCACAAUUUGUUUUCUAACUGUUCGGUUAGUUUAUUCAUAUUGUUGCAUUGUCUGGAUCUAUCCGUGCUUCUGCAGACUUUCCUUGGUUAUUUAAUUUUCAGGUUAGGUUACUUAAGUUCCAAUUUAAACCUGUCAAAAUGUACAAAAUCAAUUCAUACUCUGCUAUUAGUAGCUAUGAUCAACCUCAAACAAUCAUGAGACUAAAAAGAGACUAAAAUAUAUAGUAAAAUAGACCUACUGGUUUGAAUAAAUCUACGAACUACUAAUUUAUUUAUUAAUGAAUCCAAUGUAAAAUUGAUUAACUUACUACAUCAUUUAAUAGCAGUAUUUAAAACUCAUCAAAUUCUAAAUUGAAUUUCAGCAUAGUUAAUAUAUUUAACUACUAGUUUCAUCCUGACCGUAUUUAAAAGAGGAUUAAAAAUAAAUUGAUUAGAUCUUUUUCUAGCUAACAAAGCAGUAUUUUAAUAUAAUCUUAGAAGAAAAUUAUUCUUUCUGUUAACUAUAAUUAUAAC